AUGUCAUUAUCUUUCUUAUCAAAUGAAAAUAAUACCGAGACAUUUAAUAUAACAAAAAGAACUACAAUCAAAUUAACAACAUCAAUAAUACUUGAUAAUGAAAAUAUAUGGCAUGAUAUUAAAUCAUUUUUCAAUCUUCAAAAUUCAUUAAUUUUACUUUCAAUAAUUUGUAUAAUAUUUUUCUUCUUUUUAUUAUGUCUUAUGUUUAUUCUAAUAAAAUUAAUGAAAAAAAAACGUUUAUAUAAAAAACAAAUUAAAUCACAAAUAAAAAAUUAUACAGAUAUGAAUUUUCCAUUUCAAACAAAAAAAUCUUCAUCUCCUAUUCAAAUGGGUUUAACAUCAAAUCAAAUAACAUCACGUGGAAAUAUUAUUUCAAUAAAUAAAGAUUCUUCAUCAACAAUUAAUCCUACACAAAGUGAUAAUAAACGAAUAUGGAAUGAUGAAAAAUCAAACACAAUAAAUCCAUCGCUAACAAAUAAUGAUGAAAUUGAAACAGUUAAUGAAGUUCUUGCAAUGGAAGAACGUAAUGGAAAAAUGUAUUAUAAAGUUAAUUUUACUGGUCAUUCACCUGAUUAUACAGCUUGGGUUUGUGAAGAAGAUUUAAUACCUGAAUAA